AUGUUCUCCUGGAUUUUUAUUUUCUGGCUAUUGCAAAUUCCCAAACUUGUCUCUGCUUUUACUUUUAAAAUCAGUAGAUGUUAUUACAUAAUCACUGAAGAGUUUCACCAUGAAGGAGAUUUUAUGAUUGGUGCCUUUUUCCCUCUUCAUACUUUCUACACUGAAAAGAAAAUGCCACAUUCAACUAUACCAUACACAUAUUUGGAUGGCUACGUACAAUAUAACUUUAAGAACUACCAGUAUAUUCUGGCUCUGCAAUUUGCCAUUGAGGAGAUCAAUGGGAACCCCAAUCUUUUACCCAACAUAUCUCUUGGGUUUGACUUCUACAAUGUCAGAUUCACUGAGAAGGACACUCUUAUGAAUGCUGGUAUUUGGCUCACCUCUCAUGUGCACAAAAUGGUUUUUCCUAAUUACACUUGUGGGAAAAAAAAAUUCACUGCUGCACUCACAGGAUCAUCAUGGAUGGCAUCUGCCCAAAUUGGGACAUUACUUCAUCUCUUUAAAUUUCCACAGAUUACUUUUGGACCUUAUGAUCCUCUCUUGAGUGACCAUAGUCAGUAUUCUUCUCUCUACCAGAUGGCUCCGCAGGACACAUCUCUUACACUUGCCAUUGUUUCCUUGAUUGUUCAUUUUAGAUGGUUGUGGGUUGGUCUCAUCCUCCCAGAUGACCACAAGGGAAAUAAAAUUCUAUCAGAUUUUAGGGAGGAGAUGGAGAGGAAAAGAAUCUGCAUGGCUUUUGUAAAAAUGAUCCCAGCCACAUGGACUUCAUACUUUGCCAAAUUCUGGAAAAAUAUGGAUGAGACAAAUGUAAUAAUUAUUUAUGGUGACAUUGAUUCUCUAGAAGGUCUAAUGAGAAAUAUUGGGCAAAGGUUAUUGACAUGGAUUGUCUGGGUCAUGAACACUGAACACCAUGUUCUUGAAAUUUCUGAUUAUUUCAUGUUAGACUCAUUCCAUGGAAGCUUAAUUUUUAAGCACCAUUACAGGGAGAAUUCUGAUUUUACUAAAUUUAUUCAAACAGUUAAUCCUAAAAACUACCCAGAAGACAUUUAUCUUCCUAAGUUGUGGUAUUACUUCUUCAAAUGCUCAUUUUCUGAUAUUAAUUGUCAUGUUUUAGACAAUUGUCAAACUAAUGCUUCUUUGGAUGUAUUACCUAGUCACAUAUUUGAUGUGGCUAUGACUGAAGAGAGCACAAGUAUUUAUAAUGGUGUAUAUGCUCUGGCUCACAGCCUCCAUGAGAUGAGACUUCAGCAACUUCAAGUACAACCAUUUGAAAAUGGUGAAGGGAUGGUGUUCUUUCCAUGGCAGCUUAACACUUUCCUGAAGGAUAUUGAGAUGAGAAAAAACAGGAGUUUAUAUUGGAGACAGACAAUAGAUGUGGAAUAUGACAUUCUCAACCUUUGGAAUUUACCAAAGGGGCUUGGACUAAAAGUGAAAGUAGGAUCCUUUUCUGCAAAUGCUCCCCAAGGCCAACAGUUGUCCUUAUCUGAGCAGAUGAUACAAUGGCCAGCAAUAUUUUCAGAGAUCCCUCAAUCUGUGUGUAGUGAGAGUUGUCAGUCUGGAUUCAGGAAAGUAAGCCAGGAGGGCAAGGCCAUCUGCUGCUACAAUUGCACUCCUUGUGCAGAGAAUGAGAUUUCAAAUGAGACAGAUGUAGACCAGUGUGUGAAGUGUCCAGAGAGUCAUUAUGCAAAUACAGAGAGGAACAACUGCCUCCAAAAAUCUGUGAGCUUUCUGGCCUAUGAUGAACCCCUGGGGAUGGCUCUUGCCAGCAUAGCUUUGUGCUUAUCUACAAUCACUGUCUUUGUUAUUGGCAUCUUCUUAAGACACAGAGACACUCCUAUUGUCAAGGCCAAUAAUCAAGGUCUGAGUUUCAUUUUGCUCAUCACACUCACCUUCUGUUUUCUAUGUUCUUUGAACUUCAUUGGUCAGCCAAAUACAUCAGCCUGCAUCCUUCAGCAGACCACCUUUGCAGUUGCUUUCACUAUGGCUCUUGCCACUGUGUUGGCCAAAGCUAUUACUGUGGUUCUUGCCUUUAAGGUCAGUUUUCCAGGGAGAAUGGUAAGAUGGCUAAUGAUAUCAAGGGGUCCAAACUACAUCAUUCCUAUCUGCACCCUGAUCCAACUUCUUCUUUGUGGAAUAUGGAUGGCAACUUAUCCACCAUUCAUUGACCAAGAUGCUCAUACUGAACAUGGACACAUCAUCCUUUUGUGCAACAAGGGCUCAGCUGUUGCCUUCCAUUCGGUCCUGGGAUACCUCUGUUUCUUGGCCCUCGGGAGUUAUACCAUGGCCUUCUUGUCUAGAAAUUUGCCUGAUACAUUCAACGAAUCCAAAUUUCUGUCAUUCAGUAUGCUAGUGUUCUUCUGUGUCUGGGUCACCUUUCUUCCUGUCUACCACAGCACUAACGGAAAGGUCCUGGUGGCUAUGGAAGUAUUCUCUAUCUUGGCUUCCAGCUCAGCACUCCUUGCCUUCAUAUUUGGUCCAAAGUGUUACAUUAUCUUGUUGAGACCAGACAAGAAUUCAUUUAAUCAUAUCAGGAGAAAACAACAUACAAGAAGGAAGAAUUCUCCUAAAAUAUAG